AUGAUCGACCACCUCUCCUCCCCCCCUAUCGUCGACCUCGUAUUCGCCUCUGCUCCGCCUGAGUCGCUCGCCGUCCUGGCCCGAGUGAGUAGAGGGUGGCGGCAACGCGCCCUGUCGGAGACCAGCCUCGUCUACAAUCUCCUGGAUGACAUGUACCUCUCCCCAUCACCUAUCAUCUUCGAGGAGGCAGCUCGUCAUUGUCGUGUCCUCGACGUUGCUGUAGGCAACCCAGCAACCGACAACCACCUCAUCCCGGAGGUGGCCCGACUCCAGACCUUCGCACCGGACCUGGUUACGAUCAGGCUCCGAAGGGCGGCGUACGCCGACAAGGCCAUGUGGAUACCCAGCACACCGCGCAUCGUCUUCGGUGCUUUCCAUCCGGACCAUACGUCGCUCAAGGGGCUGGAGAGGGGUAUGAGAAAUGGCGAGUGGAAGACGAUGGAGAAGCUCGUCAUCAUUCACCAUCAGCUGGUCUGGACUUGUUGCAAGCACAAGCGAGCAAAGGACGACGAUGGAGGACACAGUGCUAAUGGAGAGGAGGGGAGCAGUGACCGUGGCGGCCAAGAGACCAUCAAAGACUACGCCACGCUGUUCCCGCAGCUGAAGCAGGUCGUGCUAAUCCUGAGAGACGACUCGGCCUGUCCGUCCUGCAUCCGCUCCCUGUUGAACGAGGCUCAGGCCGUAUCAGUCCCAGUCACCAUUGUAGGUGUUCCGCCGUCUCAGUCGUUCCAAGUCAGAGGCUCAACUGUCAUCCAGCUCACAAAGUACGGGGAGCGCCUGAGGGAAGGUGUCGAGGUGUUGACUCACCGAGAGUGUUGCAGGAGGGUGGAUGAGAGGGAGUACGCCAUAGAGGCGGACUGGGAACAAACGCCCCUACUCAGGCCGCUCGACGUUUCCAACCACUACUUUCCUCCACUCCGAAAUCAGACCUGCGCUCGAGUAAGCGGCUUCGGGGGAUGCCAAACAUUUAGCGAUGAUAGUUUGGUGAACUGGGACCGAUGA